AUGAUUUUUUCUCAGCUGCUGGCUUGUGUGGCAAUUUCAGUUUUCUGUGUCUUAAAAGCCAGCUCCCUGGACACCUUUAUUGCAGCUGUUUAUGAGCAUGCAGUGAUUUUGCCGAAUGUCACCCUCACACCAGUGCCCCGUGAAAUGGCAUUGGGGCUAAUGAGCAGAAAUCUGGACCUUUUGGAGGGAGCAAUCACCUCAGCAGCAAAACAGGGUGCACAUAUUAUUGUGACUCCAGAAGAUGGUCUUUAUGGCUGGAACUUCAAUAGGGAAUCUAUCUACCCAUACCUGGAAGAUAUCCCAGACCCUCAAGUGAACUGGAUCCCUUGUAAUCAUCCCAACAGAUUUGGCCAUACCCCAGUCCAAGAAAGACUCAGCUGCCUGGCCAAGGAAAACUCUAUUUACGUUGUGGCAAAUAUUGGAGACAAGAAGCUAUGCAAUGCCAGUGACCCCCAGUGUCCUUCUGAUGGCCGUUACCAAUACAACACUGAUGUGGUGUUUGACUCUCAAGGAAAACUGGUGGCACGCUAUCAUAAGCAAAACCUUUUCUUGGGUGAAGAUCAAUUCAAUGCACCCAAGGAGCCUGAGGUUGUGACUUUCGACACCGCCUUUGGGAGGUUUGGCAUUUUCACGUGCUUCGAUAUACUCUUCCACGAUCCUGCUGUGACUCUGGUGAAAGACUUCCAUGUGGACACCAUUCUGUUUCCCACAGCGUGGAUGAAUGUUUUGCCGCAUUUGUCAGCUAUUGAAUUCCACUCAGCUUGGGCUAUGGGCAUGAAGGUCAAUUUCCUUGCAUCAAAUAUACAUCACCCCUCAAAGAAAAUGACAGGAAGUGGCAUCUACGCACCUGAUUCUCCAAGAGCAUUUCAUUAUGAUAUGAAGACAGAGAAGGGAAAACUCCUUCUCUCACAGCUGGAUUCCCACCCAAAGCGCCCUGUCGUGGUGAAUUGGACUUCUUAUGCUAGUGGAAUAGAAGCAUUCCCAACAAGCAACAAGGCAUUUAAGGGCACUGUCUUUUUUGAUGAAUAUACCUUCUUGGAGCUCAGAGGAGUCACAGGAAAUUAUACAGUUUGUCAGAAAGAGCUCUGUUGUCAUCUAAGCUAUAAGAUGUCUGAGAAGAGAACAGAUGAAGUAUACGCCCUAGGGGCAUUUGAUGGACUACAUACUGUGGAAGGGAGCUAUCAUUUGCAGAUUUGCACUCUGUUGAAGUGUAAGACAACAAGCUUACACACGUGUGGUCACUCAGUUGAAACUGCUUCCACCAGGUUUGAAAUGUUCUCCCUCAGUGGCACCUUUGGAACCCAGUAUGUGUUUCCUGAGGUGCUGCUGAGUGAAAUUCAGCUUGCACCUGGAGAAUUUCAGGUGUUGAGUGAUGGACGCUUGCUGAGCCUGAAGCCACCAUCUGGACCUGUCUUGACAGUAACUCUGUUUGGGAGGGUGUAUGAGAAGGACCAUACAUCCAAUGCUUCUUCAGACUUCAUGGCAUACACACUAACACAACACAGAAAAAAUGCCAUAUAA